GUGGUUUAAACAGGAACACGCGUGUUGUUAGAGCAGGAAGGCAGAGCGGGGCUGUAGCAGAAAGAAGACACCGCUGAGGUUCUGCCCGGCACCUCCGCUUACAGCAAUGGCUUCUGUAUUAGACAUGAAGUCGAAAGAAGAGAAGGAUGCUGAGCUGGACAGGAAGAUUGAAGCUCUGCGUAAGAAGAAUGAGGCCCUUGUCCGGAGACACCAGAUGAUCGAGGAGGACCGCAGGAUGGCUGAACAAGAGGGAAUUGCGGUCACCACCCCAAGAAAAUCCAAACACCUGGAAAGUGAGCCAGACAAGGCUCGGAAGGAGAAGGAGAAUUUCUCAAUCACUCUUGAAGUUUCUGCUGGGGAGAAGAGAGCAGUCAAUGAUGGCAAAUCGCCCAAAGCCUUGCAUACCCCUCCUCGCUCUGAAACCUCCCCGAGAAGUCCCACGCACAGGACCAGCAGCCGUACAGGUCUAUUCUCUGGUGGACGAUCCCCUCAAGAGGAUAAAUAUGGGGAACCAUUUAAAGGAGAAGGCGAUGGUAGUCAUCCAUCUGAAAGGGCUACCAGGGGAAGACGGAAUCAAGUCCCUGAGAUGUCUAGAAGAAGUCCAAGGAUUCCUAAUGACGAUUCUCAUGGAGAACGAUGGUCGGCAUCCCCUAGAGGUGCAGAGAGAGGUGGAAGAGGUCCAGGCCGGGGAGGUGGCGUGGGAGGCCGAGGCGGUGGUCAUGGAGGACCGGUGGAUGGCAUCUUAGGACCUGACAGAAAAGUUAAGGAAUGGGAAGAGAAGAGGAAGCAGAAUAUUGAGAAGAUGAAUGAAGAGAUGGAGCAGAUUGCAGAAUAUGAAAGGAGCCGAAGGGAUGGAGUAAGGGAGAAAAAUCCAAUCCGCAACUUCCUUGAUGAUCCCAGAAGGGCAGGUCCCAUAUUAGAAGUUGAUAGAAAGGAGGGAAGCCGCAGGCACAUCAGAAAUUGGGGUGGCCCUGAUUUUGAGAAGGUUAAAACUGGUAUGGAUCGGGAAAAGGAGAGUCACGGACGGAGCCCUGGAGGGAAAAAUCGGAUAGACAUGUCCAUGACGGGCAAAGAGCGUGCAGAGUACGUACGGUGGAAACAAGAACGAGAUCAGAUUGAUCAGGAGAGACUGGCACGGCACAAAAAGCCAACUGGACAGUGGAGGCGAGAGUGGGAUCUCGAGAAAACUGAUUCUAUGUUUAAGGAGGGUGCGGCACCCCAUGUAGAGGAAGAACCAUUUAGCAGAAGAGACCAAGGAAAACGAGGGGCUCCCAAACCACCCACUAUGGCGGAGUUCCUUCCACAGAGCCUUAAGAGACCAACACAAAGGAGGAAUCCGAAUAGGGGACGGGCUGGGAAUAAACCUUACAGUAUGCAUGACAGUCGGUGGGAAGAGGAUGAUGAUGUUGGAAAUGAAGAGGAGCAACCUCUGUCAUUAGAGGAGAAAGAGAAGGAGACUUGUGUAGAGAAAACGGAGACUAAGAAGGCAGAGGAGCCACAGACACGAACCCCAGAAGUAUCAGCAGCUGGGAGAGAUGACAAGGAAAAUAAAAGGGAAAAUAAAAGUGUAGAAGAUGAUUGCGAAGAAGAUGAAGAAUGGACGGAUGCUAGUGAGGAUGAAGAGGACGUUGAAGAAGAGGAGGAGGAGGAUUCUUUAGAAGCUGAGGAAGAUCUUGGUAAGGAUCCCGACAAGACUCCUCAAGCCAGUGCUACCCCAAAAGAAAAAAGGCUACCGAAAGAUGUGGUGACCCCUAAGCUGACGAUGCCUCCACACGACGUGAACACCGAUGAUCGAGCCGUGGAGACCAAACCCACCAGUCCUUUCUCCCCAGAAGGACACCGUCCAGUAACAGACUGGGGGGAGGAGAUGGAGCUGCUGUCUCCUCCAGGAAGCGGCAGCGAGGACAGUCCUCCUCAGGCUGUUAGUACGAGGGGAUUCAGUGAAGACUCAAAAUCUCAAGAGAACUCUUCACCCUCAGGCUCAGCCCAGAACCAAACCCCAGCCCUGGAUCCGGUGAAGAAUUUAACCCCUGUCAUAGAAUCUGAGUCUGUGCAUUGCACUGAAACAAAAACAAACAUGGAGCCAAAGUCACCAGAGAGGCUCCCGGAAAGAAAUGUGGAGACCAGAACAAGUCCCGAAGAGACCUCCCCAGCUGCAGGAGAGACCUCUCCAGUAGAAGAAGCGACUUCUCCAUCCCAUGAAGUGACCUCCCCAGCUGCAGGAGAGACCUCUCCAGUAGAAGAAGCGACUUCUCUAUCCCAUGAAGUGACCUCCCCAGCUGCAGGAGAGACCUCUCCAGUAGAAGAAGCGACUUCUCCAUCCCAUGAAGUGACCUCGCCAGCUGCAGGAGAGACCUCUCCAGUAGAAGAAGCGACUUCUCCAUCCCAUGAAGUGACCUCCCCAGCUGCAGGAGAGACCUCUCCAGUAGAAGAAGCGACUUCUCUAUCCCAUGAAGUGACCUCCCCAGCUGCAGGAGAGACCUCGCCAGUAGAAGAAGUGACUUUUCUAUCCCAUGAAGUGACCUCCCUAGCUGCAGGAGAGACCUCUCCAGUAGAAGAAGAGACUUCUCUAUCCCAUGAAGUGACCUCCCCAGCUGCAGGAGAGACCUCUCCAGUAGAAGAAGAGACUUCUCUAUCCCAUGAAGUGACCUCCCCAGCUGCAGGAGAGACCUCUCCAGUAAAAGAAGAGAUUUCACUAUCCCAUGAAGUGACCGCCCCAGCUCAAGAAGGGACCUCCCUAGCUGAAGACGGGACCUCCCCAGCUGAAGAAGGGACCUCCCCAGCUGAAGAAUCAAGCUCCUUUCCUGAAACAGUGAAUUCUCUAACCACAGAAGAGACCUCACCAGCUGCAGUUGAGACACCACCAAGCGCAGAAAAUUCAUCAACAGUCUUAAUUAAAGCUCAAAACAAUGCACAGGAGACCUCUCAAAUUGUGGAAGUUCUGGAAGGAGCUGCAAAAUCUGUGCACAUUGCUGACUAUGAAACGCAAAUUAUGGAGGUUCCACCAUCAUCCUGACCAAGAUCUUCACUCAAACGUUUCUCAGGCAUCUCCCCUGUCCAGACAUGCAUUCACCCACAGCAAGCUUUGGGUUGACGUGAACACUUAUGUUCCAGUCCACUACUAUAUUUAUUGCUCCAGGUCAUGCCGGUGUUUUUAUGGUGGCUAGUAAACGCUUGCAGGAAGGGUCUUUGGGGAAGGCUGAGUAUCUUCAUCUAUGGAGAACCUGCUUACAGGCAAUAUUAGGCACAGCUGUGUCCAUGCACUACAAGUGACAUACAAAUUAUUAGACUCAUCCUAUAUAAUAUUACUGUGCAAAUGCAUUUUGGAACGCCUCACUUAUUGCCGAAUUAUUGACUGUGCAAUGCUCCGUACGUGUUCUUAAAUUCUGUAUUCACCAGUAGGCUGCAGCUUUACAUGCAGCCUACUGACUGAGGUACUUACACAUCUGUUCAUGUAAGAGCCAUGACAGAAGAAGCUAAAAACGUAUAACUUUCUAAGGGCCUGUUCACAUGGCGGGUUUUACCACAGAAUUUUAAAGCAGACAGCCAUUCCGAAAUACAUCUUAAUGUGAGGCAGCGCUGAAGAACAGGGAGUGGCUGCUGAGAAAGGACAUGGGUUUAAGCCGCCGCUUUGUGAUCCUCUGUGCUGCCUUCUAUUGGGAUGUAUGGGGGACAGAAAGGACACAGACAGGUUUUCAGCUGAAUUUUGGCACUUCUGUCGGCAUCGAAAUUCCGCAGUAAAACACACAGUGUGAACGGGCCCUUAAAGUAAAUCUCCCAUACCACUGUAGGUCCAGUAUGCACUUUUUUUUACUUGCCUAGACCUGAGUUUUGUUGUAUAGAAACCUCCAAAUCUCUUGCAUAGCCACAAAUGAGAAUACUCUGGCUGCUUGCAGCGGCCACUAGAGGGAACUUAGGAGCUUUCAACGGUAUACACUAAGUGCUCCCUCUAGUGGUGCCUGCAGGCAGAAAGCAUUUUAUCGUUUUUGACUAUGUAAGGGAUUGGGAGGUCUUUAUCUGAAAAACUGCUUGAAACACUGUAAAGAUAUAUUAGGACUAUAAUUAAUACAUCAUUUUGAACGAAUUUAGGUUAAAAAUGUGUUUCAAUGGGUUAUUACACAAUAAUUAUUAUGGAAUUAUAGGAUAUUCCCUUGAAGAGUGGACAUUCACUCUAUGUGCAUUGUAACCAACUGUCUCAAAUUUUCCAAGACUGUCUCUGAUUUCCAGAGACAGUCCUGACAAAUUUGGACUGUCCCAAGCCAAAAAAUGGGUGGGACUUAUGCAAGAUGGGGGCAGGGCUUACAUACCUCAAUGUAUGUCAAUGCUCACAACAUUUGUAUUUUAUUUUCAGCCUUUAGAAAGUGGUAAAGAGGUCUGAGUGAUCAUAUGUCUCUUCAUCAUGGCCUACCUCCAGACGCUGCCCCCCCCAUCUUUUCAAUAAUUGUGGAGUGAAUAAGACAGUGAUGAAGCUUCCUUAUUUACAGUAUAUAUAGUUAUGUGGACACGAUUAUUUAUUAUAUUCUUACUUGGGGAGCGUCCCAGAAUCCCCCAAUUAAUUUUUUAAUUUAUUAAUUUUGAAAUGUGUUAAUACAAAUCAUUUCUGACAAGUAGAUGAUCUGGGGAACAAUCAUGUUCAUGAUGGAAGCCACUACAGUCCUUGACUGAAUAUAUUGGGACGCAAAUAAAUCACUAAACAUGGAAGUCCAUCAAAAAUAAUAUUACAAAUGAUACUAAUAUACCCUUAAAGGGUAGGUUCACCUUUAUUUAUCAUUUUACAGUUUGCCUUUAGCGUUAAAGGGAUCAUUUUGUGUACGGAAACCAUUUUUAGAUACUCUGUUAGGGACUGUCUUUGUUGUCUGUAGCAAUCAAUCACAGCUCAGCUUUCAUUUCUUAUAGUGCUCUUCAAAGAUGAAAGCUGUGCUGUGAUUAGGUUGCUAUAGGCAACAAAGAUGGUUCAUCUUUUAGACAGUUUUUAUAAACCUCCCCCAAAUAGUCAAUAGACGAGGCCCUAACAGUCAGUCAAAGCAAAGAGUGUCUACAAAGAGAGAAUUAGCCGUCUGAAUAUACCCUAAGCUCGGCAUUAAAAUGCAUCUCUGUUAUGGCCGAGUGAAACUAGCUUUAUCAAUUUAAAGAGCAUUGGGGUCAUUUAUCAAACU